AUGUUUCGCCGCAAGGAAGACACAAUCACACCAGAUGCCUCCUAUCCUGCGGACUUGACGAAGCUUGGCUUCUUCAUCAACAGGCUCGGCCAUAUUCGCAUGAUCGAGGCGCCCGAGAAGCCUUUCGUCUUCAACUCUACUAACAUCGAGAGACACAAUGAGGUGCGCAACGAAGCAUUACAUGCUUGCUCUCGCGCCGAGGUGCUUGAGCGCCUAUCCAAGCUCGGAAUCAAGCAGCUUUACUUUCCUCAUUUCACCACAACAAAGCCCGAUGGACCGCAUAUUCCGACUCUUGCUCCACCGCUGGAUAUCCUCAAGAGACGGAAGCGCAUUGUCGUCAUCAUCAACGAUACGCUGCAGGACCUUGGUAUUCUCGCAUAUCGACAACUGCAGCGAGAGCUUGGUCUUAACGGCGGAUCUGUGGUCAACUUCGCAAAAGAGUUGGUUCAACGUGCAGGUGUAGCAGGAGAAGAGCAAAGUCAAGAGGCCACAAGUGGUCUCUUUGAUGACGGUGCGUCAAUCGAAGAGGUCAACGAGAUCCCCGGUCUGAUUGUGAUGAACACGGGUCAGCUCCUCUACUCUCACAAGUACAAUAAGGCUAUGACUAUGAGAAGUUGGUACGCUCUACCCCGAAGGUCGAUUGCACACGAUCAUGUUAGGAUCCACGACCAGGAAAAUCAUGUGGAGGGCCAUCGCAAUGCUACCGAGCAUAUCAAGUCUGUCUUUGACCAGCUUCUCUGCGACCCAAGCCGUGUUGUACCAGACGCAGAGGUGUACAUUGUUGCGAUCGAAGGUGGCGCAGACAAGAUACUGGAGUUGUUCAAAAACGACUUCGAGAAAUACGGCCGCCGAGUAACUGCGAUGGCAGUCGUUCAUACCAUGAUAGACAACUCCGAGAUUACACACCCGAGUAUCAAGGCUUUCCUACACCAGCGUACGAGACAAUGGAAGUACUCAGACCUUAGCCUUAGCCCGACACAGUGCAUAGAGUUGCCAGAUGAUUACGCUGGCGACGCUUCGAGGGGCAAUCCACAGCAAGGUACCAAGGCAGUGUGCUGGAAUGAGAACUUGGCGGAGCCAGGUCCGCUUUCUAAGCUCGCGGAGACAUUGCACCAUUUGACACUGAACGUCGUUCCUUCUACGAACAGAAUCGGGUCCACAACAGACGAUUCAGCCAGCGAUGAUAGCUCAGAAUGGAAGAGCGGAUCUGUACCAUGUCCGACAUUCGCCGGCGGAAAAGAACCAACCGGCGAAUGCAUCUUCACAGAAACCAACGUCCAGCGCGCCAUCCUUUCCUUCUUCGAAGACGUCGCACAGGAUCCAGAGAACUACCGCAACCCACCAUUCACGACCUUCGCCGACGUUCCGCAUCCCACUGCCGAUGUACCCUUCGUCCUCUCUGCCGAUGCGAUCAUGCAGCCCUCUGCUAAUAUCCAGACAGCAUACCACAUGCUUACACCUGAGCAGCAGGAGCUAGAAGAGGCGCGCACGAAGCUCGCAGAUAUGCGCAUCGCACUCGACGGCUGUCCCGACAAUAUCGACAUACUCGCCAAGGGCCGCGUGAAGCUGGCGGAGAAGAUUACGAAGCAGGAGGCCGCAAUCAAGGAUCUGCAGGUUAAGGCCCUUAGUAGCGGAAGCUUAGGAGUCGGUGAAGCAGAAGAAGAACGCCAGGAUUGGAGCACCGAGGCCGAUGGACCGAAGGUGCCUUUCGCGGGUAUCAUGGUCGACAGCGAAUUGCUCAAGGCUGCUGGACUGAGUGAAACGGCGAGGGAAGAGUUGGAGAAGCUCAGAGAGGAGGAUAAGGCGUUCAUUUGA